GCGGCGCGCUCGAGCUGACGGGAGCUGACGGCUGACGGCAGCGUCCGGCUGCGCGGACGGCGGGCAGGCGGGCGGACGGACUGACGGACCUGGGGCCUGGGGCGCGCGCGCGCGGGCUGGCGGGCGGCGUGGCCGCAGAGUCGUCCGCUGAAUGAAGUGGCCGCCCCGCUGCUGAGCCGGACCUGCGCGGCCCCGCAAGAUGGACGGGUUCGCCGGGAGCCUGGAUGACAGUAUUUCUGCUGCAAGUACCUCUGAUGUUCAAGAUCGCCUCUCAGCUCUUGAGUUACGAGUUCAACAACAAGAAGAUGAAAUCACUGUGCUAAAGGCAGCUUUGGCUGAUGUUCUGAGACGCCUUGCGAUCUCUGAAGAUCAUGUCGCCUCAGUAAAAAAGCCAGUACCAAAUAAAGGUCAGCCAGGCCUUCGGGAAGCUAUUUCCCUGUCCUGCAUAACAAAUGGAAGUAGUGCAAACAGAAAGCCAAGUCAUACCAGCCCUGUCUCAAUUGCAAGAAAAGAAACAUUUUCAUCUGCUGCUAAAAGUGGUACAGAAAAAAAGAAAGAAAAACUACAAGGACAGAGAGAAAAAAAAGAGGAAUCUCAUUCUAAUGAUCACAGCCCACAAAUCCGAGCAUCACCUUCUCCCCAGCCCUCUUCACAGCCUCACCAAAUACACAGACAGACUCCAGAAAGCAAGAAUACUACUCCCACCAAAAGCAUAAAACGACCACUGACAGCUGAAAAAUCACAUAAUUCAUGGGAAAAUUCAGAUGAUAGUCGUAAUAAAUUAUUGAAGGCAGUUUCAACUUCAAAAUUAAUAUCGAAAGUUAUAAAAAAUACAGACAAGCAUAAAGAUGUCAUCAUCAACCAAGCAAAAAUGUCAACCCGUGAAAAAAACAGCCAAGAAGGAGAAUAUAUCAAAAUGUUUAUGCGUGGUCGGCCAAUCACAAUGUUCAUCCCUUCUGAUGUCGAAAACUAUGAUGAUAUCAAAACAGAGCUGCCACCUGAGAAACUCAAACUGGAGUGGGUAUAUGGCUAUAGGGGAAAAGACUGCCGAGCAAAUGUUUACCUUCUUCCUACAGGGGAAAUAGUUUAUUUCAUAGCAUCAGUAGUGGUCCUGUUCAAUUAUGAGGAGAGAACUCAGAGGCACUACCUAGGCCAUACAGACUGUGUGAAGUGCCUUGCUGUGCAUCCUGACAAAAUUAGAAUUGCAACUGGACAGAUAGCUGGAGUGGAUAAAGAUGGAAGGCCUCUGCAACCACAUGUUAGAGUGUGGGAUUCAGUUAGUCUGUCUACACUGCAAAUUAUUGGACUUGGAACUUUUGAGCGUGGUGUGGGGUGCCUGGAUUUUUCAAAGGCAGAUUCAGGUGUUCAUCUGUGUGUUAUUGAUGACUCCAACGAACAUAUGCUUACUGUAUGGGAUUGGCAGAGAAAGUUAAAAGCAGCUGAAAUAAAGACAACAAAUGAAGUUGUUUUGGCUGUAGAAUUUCAUCCAACAGAUGCGAAUACCAUAAUAACAUGUGGCAAAUCUCAUAUUUUCUUCUGGACCUGGAGUGGAAAUUCUCUAACAAGAAAACAAGGAAUUUUUGGAAAAUACGAAAAACCCAAGUUUGUGCAGUGUUUAGCAUUCUUGGGGAAUGGAGAUGUUCUUACUGGAGACUCAGGUGGAAUUAUACUGAUAUGGAGCAAAACCACUGUAGAGCCCACACCUGGGAAAGGACCAAAAGGUGUCUAUCAGAUCAGCAGACAAAUCAAAGCUCAUGAUGGUAGUGUGUUUACACUUUGUCAGAUGAGGAAUGGAAUGUUAUUAACUGGAGGAGGGAAGGACAGAAAAAUAAUUCUGUGGGAUCAUGACAUGAAUCCUGAAAGAGAAAUAGAGGUUCCUGAUCAGUAUGGAACAAUCAGAGCUGUGGCAGAAGGGAAGGCAGAUCAAUUUUUAGUAGGCACAUCACGAAACUUUAUUUUACGGGGAACAUUCAACGAUGGCUUCCAAAUUGAAGUUCAGGGACACACAGAUGAGCUCUGGGGUCUUGCCACACAUCCAUUCAAAGACUUGCUUUUGACAUGUGCUCAGGACAGACAGGUGUGCAUGUGGAACUCCGCGGAGCACAGGCUGGAGUGGACCCGGCUUGUCGACGAACCAGGACACUGUGCAGAUUUUCACCCAAGUGGCACAGUGGUGGCCAUAGGAACGCACUCAGGCAGGUGGUUUGUUCUGGAUGCAGAAACCAGAGAUCUAGUUUCCAUCCACACAGAUGGAAACGAGCAGCUUUCUGUAAUGCGCUACUCGAUAGAUGGUACCCUCCUGGCUGUAGGAUCUCAUGACAACUUCAUUUACCUCUAUGUGGUCUCAGAAAAUGGAAGAAAAUAUAGCAGGCAUGGAAAGUGCACUGGACAUUCUAGCUACAUCACACACCUUGACUGGUCCCCAGACAACAAGUACAUAAUGUCCAACUCAGGAGACUACGAGAUACUGUACUGGAGCAUUCCAAACAGCUGCAAACUUAUCAGGAAUCGAUCAGAGUGUAAGGACAUUGAUUGGACGACGUACACCUGUGUGCUAGGCUUUCAAGUCUUUGGUGUCUGGCCAGAAGGAUCCGAUGGGACUGACAUCAACGCGCUGGUGAGGUCGCACAACAGGAAAGUGAUUGCUGUGGCCGAUGACUUCUGCAAGGUCCACCUGUUUCAGUACCCUUGCUCCAAAGCCAAGGCUCCCAGUUACAAGUACAGUGCUCAUAGCAGCCAUGUCACCAACGUCAGUUUUACUCAUAAUGACAGUCACCUAAUUUCAACUGGUGGAAAAGAUAUGAGCAUCAUUCAGUGGAAGCUUGUGGAGAAGUUAUCUCUGCCUCAAAAUGAGACCGCAGCAGACACAGCUCUACCCAAAGCCCCCAUCUCCUCAAUGGAAAGUGUCCUGAGGUCUGACACACCCACACCCCCUCCUCCCCAACCCCUAAAUGAGAUCACAGAGGAAGAAAGCAGGAGGAGCAGCUCUCCUGCUCUGGCAGAGAACAGCCUGGAGCACACUGAGGAGCCAGGCGAGGAUGCCGGCGAAGGGCAGAGUGAGGAGGGCAGCGAAGACCUUGGGGAGCCUGCUUUGGGAGAGCCUGGCCCAGAGCAGUGUGAAGCCCAGCAAGACCCCUUGGACCUGUCCUAACGCCCAGACCUCAAUGCCGCCCUUCAGCUGCUGUGAUCCUGUAAGCAUUCAGACAGCAGGCCGGAAGUUAGGGAGACUCACCUUUGGCGCUCUCUGGCGUCUUCAGUGGUCUUACCUUGUCUCAGAUGCAGCCGACCUAAGUUCAGUUUGGUGUGUUGAAAAUUAACCAAAGGCAGUAGCGGGAAAAGACUGAAACAUUAGUGUCUCAUGAACGGUUGAGAAAUACCAAAAGCAUCGCACAUGCUCAUCUACUGGCUCAGGCCAUUCUUUUCCCCAGAUGCAGAGAAAGAGAUCAGAGAGCUGUCUCUUACCAUCCCCUCUCCCCCGUCAGAACUGCCCUGUGCUCACACUACCAGUAGGUGUCCAGAUAUUGUUGUAGUCUACUAUCUCGGUGCUGCCUUUUCUAAAUCAUCUGGGGGAACAGCUCCUUCAUUUCCUGUGUGCAGAGCUUUUGUAUUUUAGAACUAAGCAAGCAGUGAUUUGUUAAGAGAUUUUUGUGUAUAUGUAACCAUUGAUACUCAGAAAUGAUGGACUCCUCCAAGGAUUCCAAUCCUGGCCUAAGCAUUUUCAAAUGUUUGGUGUUCAAGAGAACCACAUGCCUAUAAAAGUAAACAGUCAAUCACCUGGCUAAUUUCAGCUUAGCCUUCAUCCUGAUUUGUUCCCUCAAUAAUAGGAGAAAUACAAGCGAUUGAAUUGGUGCUUGAAAUUUUUUGGUUUAGUUGUAAUUUUUAUACAAAUUAGUUAUAUUGAGAGAUGAGAUACUCAGCAAAUUGCAGAUUCUUUUAUAUUGAAGUGUGAACAAGUUUUUUUUUUUUUUUUUAUAAAUUGCAUCCUUAAGUCUUGCUCUGUUCAGUCAUCUUUCCUGGUGGAGUUGCUCCAAGCCUUGUGAUUCUGACAUGGUUGUCCUCUGCUCUCUGCGGAUGCAUGGGUUAGUAUGCAUUGGGGAAUUGGGAUUUUUUGUUAUUGUUUUUUUUUUUAAGUUUUGUCAGACUAUGUUUUUCUUAGAUGUUUCCUUUAAGAUAAAUUACUGAUAAAUACGCAUUUCCUACAUACUUGUUUGUACUUUAUCAAAAAAAAAAACCCUUUGUUUUGACUUAUUUUUUAAAACUUGCUGCAUUGUUUUGGUAUAUUUUUUUGUUGUUGUUGGUUGGAUCAUGUUUAGAAACUUUGGGUGGGUUCAGAAGUCUUAAGUAUGCAAGUGUUUACGUGAUUGUGCCAUUCCAAAGUGCAUCAGGACUGUCAUUCCCUUCUAGAAUCUUCUCAGGAGUACUACAAAUCAGGUAUUUCAUCAUCAUUUGGUAAUAAGCAAACUCCAGUGAACUCCCGACACUCACAACAUUCAUAGUCCACAUCUGUGUGUGAGGGGUGGGGUGUGUGUGUAAGGGUGAGUGCAGACACUGUGUGUCUCUGAGUGUACGCCAAUGUGGAAAGCACUCAGUGUCUCUCUGUGGGUAGAUGCAUGUCCUUGUAUAGCUCUCUCCUUUUGUUUACAACUGUUCAAAAACAACCUCAAAGCCGUUCUCUUCCAAAGAAGAGACUCCAAGCAGCCCAUCUUGGUUCAGCAUGUUCUGCAUAAACUUCUCAGAGCAGCAGUGCCAGUUUCCGCAAUCACCUGUAGCGAUGCUGACCACAUCGUGGGGCAGUAUGCAUGCUGCCUGCGAGGAAAACAAGGUGAAUGGGAUUCUGGGAGAAGAAAAAGCAAUUCCUUAAGUACCUGGGUACACGGCUCUCCAUGAGAAACGGGAGUUGACCUGGGGUUGCUAUGUACAAAGACUUACAAUCGUGACACUCUUGGGUGGUCAUUUCCAAAGACACUACUAAUGUGCAGAAAGCGUCCGGCUCACAUGCUGGCAACUACUGUCUAACGGUCAAUCAAAUCUGUGAUAAUGGUUGGAAAUGGGUGGGGUUAUGAAAUUAUAGAUGUUUAGAAAAACUUGUGAAUGAAAAUGAAUCCAAGUGUUUCAUGUGAAGAUGUUGAGCCAUUUCUAUCAUGCAUUCCUGUCUUGUGGCAGAAACUAUUCAAGAUUAAAAAAUAAAAUCAGAAUGACUC